UGCCGACUUUCCUUAAUGUACUGCAUCAAUCUGCAUGAUUCUGGUAUAAGACGUGGCAAUUGCGGAAAUUAUAUCGGAUGGAUUGGUCGAUUUAGUAAGGCGAAGACUCAUUGCCUUUCCUUUUUCGUCUUUCUGAGGUCCGGUUGCUGGACGGCGGGCAUGGAUAAUGAGCUGUUGUCGCAGCCAGGCGAGGCGGCGACGUCGACGGCGAACUGGAGGAUCAACAUGACUGGGUUUUCGCCGCCGCAGCUGUCCAAAAAGCCUCGUUUGAUUUCUCGAAUCUUUGCAAGAAGCAAGGGCAAACAAUGCAAAAUCUCAAAGUACUAUGAGUGCCAAGGCAAGCUUCUGGAGGGAUUUAAUGAGAUGGAGAACAUUUCAGAGUCAGGCUACCGAGCAGAAGCACCUUCAGAGGACGAGAUGAAAAGACUAGCAAAGAGUGAACGUCUUGCAAUCAGUAUCUCAAACAUAGUCAACUUACUACUCUUCGUAUCGAAAGUGGUCGCAUCUGUCGAAAGCAGGUCCAUGGCAGUAAUAGCUUCUACUCUAGACUCUCUUUUGGACCUUCUUUCAGGACUUAUCCUUUGGUUUACUACAUAUGCCAUGAAGAAACCUAAUCAAUAUAGCUAUCCUAUUGGCAAGAACAGAAUGCAGCCUGUGGGCAUUAUUGUGUUUGCCUCUAUCAUGGGUACUCUUGGUUUUCAAAUAUUAAUAGAGUCCGGUCGUCAGUUGAUUAGUAAGGAGCAUCCAACUUUUGAUACCAAGAAGGAGAUAUGGAUGAUCGGCAGCAUGGCCUCGGUGGCUGUUGUCAAGUUCAUCCUCCUGCUCUAUUGCCGCAGCUUCCAAGAUAAGAUUGUGAGGGCUUAUGCCCAAGACCAUCUCUUUGAUGUCCUCACCAAUUCCAUCGGUUUAGUCUCUUCGCUGCUCGCUAUUCGAUUCUACUGGUGGAUGGAUUCUGUUGGUGCUAUAUUGAUUGCUGUGUACACGAUCGGGACAUGGGGUAAGACGGUGCUGGAGAAUGUGGACUUGUUGGUUGGUAAAUCAGCAUCCCCAGAAUACUUGACGAAGCUGACUUAUCUCAUCUGGAAUCACCAUGAAGAAAUCCAACACAUCGACACAGUGAGGGCGUACAAGUUUGGCUCCAACUACUUUGUUGAAGUUGACAUUGUGUUGCCUGCGAAUAUGGCGCUGAGCCAGGCACACGAUAUCGGUGAGACGCUGCAGAUGAAGUUGGAGCAGCUCCCUGAGGUGGAGAGGGCAUUCGUGCAUGUCGAUUUCGAAUUCACGCACCGGCCUGAGCACAAUACGAGCCCAAAGGUGGUCCAAUGUUAGCAAAUAUAUAACAAAUAAAUAAGAUCUGUUGUACCGAUCCUUCUAUUAGCAAAAUAAAAAAUAAUGUUGCUUCUUAAUA